ACUGCGCUUGCCCGGGACUUGAGUAAUUUACUUCCGCAUUUGCCGGCUUUACUUCUUUGAAAUAACUCUCAUUUUCUCAACAUGCCUUUUGAAUUAGACAGGUGUUUUGCACCACUUCCAAAGACUAAGCGAGGACGCUCUGUGGUGAUUACCAAAGAUCCUCAACAUAAGAUCUUACUCUACACCUACUCCUCUCAAGUGAUCAUCAGAAAUGCUGAGAACCCUCAAGACUGUGACCUGUACCGGCGGCAUACCAAGGAUGCCUCUGUUGCUAAAUAUUCCCCAAGUGGAUACUACAUUGCAUCUGGAGAUGCGAGUGGUAAGGUCCAAAUUUGGGACACGGUCAACAAAGACCACAAAAUGAAAGCUGAAUACCAGGCUUUGGGUGGAACGAUCAAGGAUAUAGCAUGGACCGAGGAUAGCAAACGCCUGGUUAUUGUUGGCGAAGGACGAGGAAAAUAUGGGACGGCCAUAUUUUGUGACACUGGUACAACCAGUGGAGAAAUCAUUGGGCACAGCAAGAGCAUCAAUUCGUGUGACAUCAAACAAAGCCGUCCGUAUCAAGUGGUCACAGGUUCUGAAGACAAUGUGGCAGGGUUCCACGAGGGGCCGCCAUGCAAAUUCAAGUGUACACUGAAGGACCAUACCAAUUUUGUCAACUGUGUUCGUUACUCACCUGACGGUAGUGUUUUCAUAACUUCCAGCUCAGACGGAAAGGCUUUUGUUUAUGAUGGAAAAACGGCAGAAAACAUAGGCAAGUUAGACGGUGGAGAUGGCAAGGCUCACAAAGGUGGGAUUUAUGCUCUUGCUUUCAAACCUGAUGGCACGAAGGUGGCCACGGCAUCUGGGGACAAGACAGUCAGAAUCUGGGAUGUAGCUUCCCGAGACCUUCUCAGCACCACUACGAUUGGCUCGGCAAUUGAGGACAUGCAACUUGGUGCUAUUUGGAUGGAUGAACACUACUUAGUGACUAUAUCACUGGCAGGCUACCUCAACUACAUCAACCCAGAAUGUCCUGAUGCUCCAUCUAGGAUUAUCAAGGGUCACAAUUCAGGCAUCUACGCAUUAGCACCAACUGAAGAUGGAAAGACUCUCUUCACAGCUGAUGGCUCUGGUCGAAUUGUUUAUUGGGAUAUGGAAACGAGUACUAGCGAAGUAAUGGAAGGCGAUGGUCACUCGAACCAAGUAUUUGAUAUGGCACUCGAUGGGGAUUCCUUAGUUACUGUGGGUAUUGAUGAUCUUGUGUUCUUCUCAUCAGUUUCGGAGAAAAAAUACGGCAAUUCUGUUAAACUCGAUUCUCAACCACAGGGUGUUGCUACAGGUCCCAAUGGAAUUGUGGUAGUCGCUUGCCUCAAAGAGGUUGUGUUGUUCAAGAAUGGCGAGGUUGCGAUAAAGCACGCGGUGCCAUAUGCUGCAUCUUGUGCCGCAGUCAGUCCUUCAGGGAAUACAGUGGCAAUUGGGGGAGAUGACAAGAAGACGCACAUCUACACUGUAGAGGGUAGCAAGCUGGUGGAGAAUCAGAUUGUCUUAGAACACCGCGGUGAUGUGACAGCUGUUGCGUUUUCACCCGAUGGACAAUACUUCGUGGCCACAGAUGCUGGGAGGAAGACCACACUUUACAGCACGGCUGAUUUCAGUAUUCUCCAAAGUGAUAUGUGGGCCAAGCACACAGCUAAGAUCAAUUGUGUAGCCUUCAGCCCAGAUAGUCAGAGUGUGGUGUCCGGUUCCCUGGAUACCAACCUCGUCUUCUAUGAUGUCAACAAAGGCAUUGAAGGGAUGUAUAUUAAAAAAGGUGCCCACGCCCCAAAUGGCGUCAGCUGUGUGGGGUGGCUCGACAACAAUACCUGUGUUUCAGCUGGUAUUAAUGCAUGCAUCAAUAUUUGGAAGAGAACAUGAAGAGGCGGUGAUUACUUGAAGCUCUUGACCUGAGAAUUGUUAAAACCUGUUAAACAGGUGAAAAGAAAAAAAAGAAAAUUCAUCGUGUUGCAAAAACACCUGCACUUCUCGCAAUAUUUGUAACAGUAACCUUGGCAUUUCUAAACUAGGGGGUAUAUGAAAGAGUUUUAUAUUUAGUUCGGUCAUUGUGAGAUUUUAUUGAAAAUAUUCUCGACCUUUGCAUAUUUUAUUGCUAUUCAGGCUUGGAAGUGUUUGAUUAAAGUUCUUAUGCUGACUACUCUACUUAACUCAGGCUUUCACACUACGCAAGGCAGGUUGGAUGGCAAAUAUGUACGUAAGCUCUCUGCAUCUAUGACAAAUACAAGAGAGUGAUAAACCAAAAAUCGAAAAAAUUUUGUGUGAGGUCGCAGAGUGUUUUUAGUGAUGCCACUUCCUCUGUGAUCCGAUACAACACCUAAGUACGAGUACAAGUGUCUUCAUUGAAUGAAUUAAUGACUUUGUUCGAUUAUUUUCAAUGGCAAUAUUGUACUUUACUUUGAGUACCCAAGUGAUCUAUGCAUGUCUAAUGUGCAGUUUAUUAAAAGUCCUGUAGAAUGCAUGUAUCUCAGACUAACCUUUAUACUUUAGGUAAUACAUGUUAACAAGCUAAAUAAUCAUCAUAGGUUUCAAUAACACUGACUUAUGUGACCCGGCAUGGAUGUGAAUCAGCAGGGACUGUAGUCUGGAAACUGCCCUGAAAUUACAUUCCAAAAAGAUUUGUGUGUAAAUCCAGUAGACCUUGGUGAUCUCGAUAAUUUUCUACUGUACAGAUUUAGAGGAUUAGAACAUGGAUUAUGCAUGAGAAUAGGACAUAUUCUACUUCAUGUCAAAACCUGUGUCAGACUCUCUUUAUCAGAGUUGUCUUGGGAGGAGCAUUUUGCAUUUUUUGGGUGCAUCUAGCCCUUUGGUAAAGACUACAAAAUUUAAGCUGUAAAGCGCUUCGUGCUAAGAUUAUGUACAACCCACAGCUUGUAUUUUGAAAAUCGGCUGCAGUCUUGCUGUAGAUACAUUAAUUAUAUGAUAUUAUGUAGUAA